AAUUUUAUUCUCAUCCCUCAUUUCACAACUGAGUGAGACCUUCUUUACUGUUCAGUAAUUCGUUGUAGGUAGGUUCCAUGACUUCUACGUGAUUCGCCAGAAACAUUGACCCAAUGUCUAACUACAUCUACCUAUUUACCUAAACAAAUAGUUUAGCACGCCAGCAAAAUUGCUGCCAUCGACGAGUAUAUGGUCCAUGACUCUCAUGGAGCGAGAGAACGCUGCCACCCUACUCCAGAAGACUACGUUAAGGCCCUUCACGUACAUGUCUUUCCCUCUCCGCUUCAAAUGUUUCUACUGCAACGAAGUACACCCCGAACUGGACACGCUAUUAGAACACACAAACCACCAUCCAGUCCCUGAUCUUAAUGAUAUGCUUAAAGGUCUACUAAAGAAAGGGAAGAAGACCAUUAAAGUGGACAUAUCGGAAUUGAAAUGCAAGCUGUGUGAUAACCCUUUCUCUAAUGUAGACGAUAUCAGAAAGCACUUAGUACACGAGCACGCUACGAAGUUCAACAAUGACUCUGGUAACGGCAUGAUGGUGUACAGUUUGAAGUCAAAAGACGGUGUCCUAUCUUGCCAUUUGUGUACCCAAACGUUCACUAGUUUCUUCCUCUUGAACAAACACAUCAAUGUUCACUUCAACAACGCUAUAUGCGAGUGGUGUGGCAAAGGCUUCAUAACACACCAGAGGCUUGUCCAGCAUAAAGAGAUCCAUCUCCGAGGGAAGUUCCACUGCGAUAAAUGCAAGAUAUCCUUUGAAAGCCCAGCUAAAUUUAAGUACCACAACGAAAGGAUGCACGGACAACCUAAUAAAAUCCUCAACAUAUACAACUGUCAGCACUGCUCGGCCAGAUUCACUCAUCAUUACGAAAAAAUGAGGCAUAUGAGUGAGAAUCAUGGGAUAUCUUUCGAGUAUGUCUGUGAAACGUGUAACUCUGUAUUUAAGACUAGAAAAGCUUUGGCGGGGCACAAAUUGAAGUACCAUAUACAAAGCAUAUCGUGCGAAGUUUGUAAGAAACCAUUCGGCGAUAGAGGGCAGUUGAAGAAGCAUAUGGCUAUGCACACGGAAGAACGGAAUUACCCCUGUCCUUUAUGUAAUAAAACUUACAAGUAUGAAAAAAAUGUGAAAGCUCACAUGCGAGUACAUAAUCCAGAUUGGAAGUUCGCUUGUGCGACUUGCUGGGUAGGGUUCCCUAGUAAGAUAGAGUUUAGGAAACACAUGAAAGAAUCGCAUGGAAAUGGAAAUUCUUCGACUGCUGUUGAGGAAUUGCAGAAUAAGCCGUCCGAAUGAUUAUAUUAUACCUAAAUUUUCUUGCCAGCAAAUUCAAAACUGGAUUUUCUUUGGCAUACUUAUGGAAUUGUGAUUGUACCUAGUGCACUUUGUAAAUUGUAGUAGGUACCUACU